CCCAAAACUGCUUUCCUUCUUCCAACUCUCGCGUUUCUUCUACAAUUCUCUCGCUCUCUUCAACACCGGAGAACGAGAAGACAAUUAAAAACAUAACUUGAAUCCCCUCUGUAAACUGCGCUUGGAGCUUAUGUUCGGAUUUUUCUUCCAUCCUUUGAUAUACUGCCUCUAAACAGUAGUACUCUAGGCACGAUUUACACGAUGCUGCUGGCUCAUAGGGCGUUAGACCUCCGCUCGAAGAUGAGAUCCGGAGCCGCGGCCUCGUUUCUUCUUGCUAUAUUCGUAUUCGUCUCUUUAUCGUCGAUGCCGGUGGAAUCUGCGGUUGCGAGCAUAGAUCUAGGCUCCGAAUGGAUGAAAGUGGCGGUGGUGAACUUGAAGCCCGGCCAAAGUCCGAUCUCCAUCGUCAUCAAUGAGAUGUCCAAACGCAAAUCACCAGCGCUUGUUGGCUUCAAUGCCGGUAAUCGGUUGGUCGGUGAGGAAGCCGCGGGUAUCGCCGCACGGUAUCCCAACAAAGUAUACUCUCAGUUUAGGGACAUGAUUGGGAAACCCUAUAAGUACGUGAAGGACAUUAUUGAUUCAUUGUAUCUACCUUUUGAUCUGGUGGAGGACUCCAGAGGAGCGGCUGGAUUCAAAACGGAUGAUGGGGUUGUGUACUCGGCGGAAGAGUUGCUGGCGAUGAUCCUUCGAUACGGAAUGGGCUUGGCGGAAUCGCACACGAGGUCGCCGAUCAAGGAUGCUGUGAUCUCCGUUCCACCUUAUUUUGGACAGGCAGAGCGUAGGGGGGUGCUUCAGGCAGCGCAGCUUGCUGGAAUCAACGUGCUUUCUCUUAUUAAUGAGCAUUCUGGUGCUGCCUUGCAGUAUGGCAUUGACAAGGACUUUUCGAACAAUUCUGGGCAUGUCAUAUUCUAUGAUAUGGGCUCCAGAAAUACCUAUGCAGCUCUAGUUUACUUUUCAGCGUAUAACACGAAGGAGUUUGGAAAGACUGUAUUUGUCAAUCAGUUUCAGAUCAAAGAUGUGAGUUGGAAAACAAAUCUUGGAGGUCAAAAUAUGGAAUUACGGCUUGUGGAACAUUUUGCUGAUGAAUUUAACAAGGAACUUGGGAAUGGAGCUGAUGUGAGAAAUUCCCCAAAGGCGAUGGCUAAAUUGAAGAAACAAGUUAAGCGUACAAAGGAAAUCCUAAGCACAAACACCGUGGCUCCUUUAUCAGUUGAAUCACUUUAUGAUGAACAGGACUUCAGAAGUACCAUAAGUCGUGAGAAAUUUGAAGAAAUUUGUGAGGAUUUAUGGGAACAAUCUCUAUUACCUGUUGAAGAAAUUUUGAAGCACUCUAAUUUAACGGUUGAUGAUGUUUUGGCUAUAGAGCUUAUAGGUGGAGCUACUCGAGUGCCAAAAUUACAGGCUAAGCUCCAGGAGUUUCUUAGAAGGAAAGAUCUGGACAAGCACCUUGAUGCCGAUGAAGCAAUAGCUCUUGGUUCUUCAUUGCUUGCUGCUAAUUUGAGUGAUGGAAUAAAGUUAAAUCGCAAGCUGGGAAUGAUUGAUGGUUCAUCUUAUGGAUUCAUGGUUGAAUUAACUGGUGUUGAUCUUGUGAAAGAUGAGAGCACACACUUUUUACUUGUGCCAAGGAUGAAGAAAAUGCCAAUCAAGCUGUUCAGGUCUAUCAAACAUAGUAAAGAUUUUGAUGUCUCACUCAGUUAUGAUGGUGCUUAUGAAUUACCACCUGGUGUAUCUUCUGCCAAAUUUGUGGAAUUUUCAGUUUCUGGACUUGCAGAGGCCGCAGAAAGGUACUCAACUCGUAACCUUUCCUCUCCCAUCAAAGCCACUAUGCAUUUUUCUCUUAGCAGGAGCGGGUUGAUUUCUUUUGAUCGAGCAGAAGCGGUUAUUGAGCUAUCUGAAUGGGUAGAAGUUCCUAAGAAUAUUAAAACUUCAGAAACUAAUGCCACAAAUUCUCUGAAUGCUAUUGAAAAUCUGAAUUUAUCUGCCGAAGGAAGCCCUAUGGACUUCAAAGACAGCAAAAAGGAAAGUAUGGAUAUUGAUAAUGAACCUAACUCUGGGAUCAAUGCGGAAGUGAAAGACAAUGUGGCUGUUGAAACUGAGAAGGUCUUGAAGAGAAGAACAUUUAAGGUUCCGCUGAAGAUAGUGGAGAAGCAGAUUGCCCCUGGUAUUCUUUCUAAGGAGAUGUUUUUAGAAGUCAAAACUAGGUUGGAUGACCUUGAUAAAAAGGAUUUGGAAAGACGAAGAACAGCAGAACUCAAGAAUAGUCUUGAGGAAUAUAUUUAUUCUAUAAGAGAGAAGCUUGAUGACAAUGAGGAGAUUAAAAAAAUUUCUAGCGAGGAUGAGUUAGGCUUAUUUGAAGAGAAACUCAGUGAGGCUCAAGAUUGGUUGUACACGGAUGGGGAGGAUGCUUCAGCUAAUGAAUUUAAAAAGCGGUUAGACUCUCUGAAAGCUAUUGGGGAUCCAAUAUUUUUCAGAUUGAGCGAGUUAACCGCCCGUCCGACUGCUUAUGAAAGUGCUCACAAUUAUCUUGUUGAUAUACAAAAGGUUGUUGAUAAUUGGGAGAAAAACAAACCAUGGCUUCCAAAAAGUAGGGUUGAUGAGAUUCUGAGUGAUGCUGACAAAUUCGACAGUUGGUUAAAAGAGAAGGAGGCCCUUCAAAAAAUGACUUCUCAAUUGAUCACCCCGGUCAUCACGUCAGAAGAGAUAUAUGACAGAGUUUCUGAAAUUCAGGACAAGAUCUCUAGCGUCAAUAGAAUUCCAAAACCCAAAACAAAAGUUGAGAAAGCUCCAAAGGAAGAAGAAUCAAUAAGCCAAGAAAACUCCACUAACGCAUCUAAAUUGGCGCCAGAUAAAAAUUCCACACAAAAGGAUCAAUCCACAGAAGAAUCAUCCAAGUCCCCAAGCACCAACCUUGAGGCAGAACCUGAGCUUCAUGAUGAAUUGUAACUGAAGAGCUUUAGGUUGGAAUGCUGUUUGAGAUAAACAACGAGAUAACAUCCCUGAUGAACAUGGCCCCAGUAAUUAUUCCUCGAAUCUACAAGACCCAUUACUGGACCUUCGGAAUAUUUAUUUUAUAAUUUGCUUAUCAUUGAGUUGAGAGGAACGGUAGAGUUAUUAGGAAAGUUAUUUGGCAGAAUCAGCUUCUGCAUCCUAUAUUUUUGAUAGGCUUAAGUAUGAGGUAGACUAGCGCAUUACCGCCCAUCCAACAGAAUCUAAGCACCACCCUGUUUUAUCCUCAGUGUAUCAGCAAUUACAGAUUAUACUGAAGCAUGUUAAAUAUGCUCCAUCAUAUUUCACCCUAAUGCUAAUGUGGUGUUAACAUAUACGCUUUCUGUUAGUAGAUUAUGAAACAUAGUACCCGCCUUUAAUAUUA